CAGCCCUCUACGAUCCGUCUUCCCCGUUAUGCGACUUCAACCUCUGAGCAUAUCAUCACCUUCUUGGCAGAGGAGCCUGAAUCCAAUGCAUUGCCCAAGCAUGGAUUCACGGAGGAAGGUCUAUCUGGCUUUGUGGUGAACCGUGGCCCGGAUUCUGCCCCACAGGAUUAG